AUGGAAGAAAACAUGGGAAACUCAGCACCAAAUCAGCAUGCACUGCUGUCAGUGUCCCAAACAGGCGGCAUUGCCAUCCACAACACAAUGGCAGGUUUGUGUACUCCAAGCCUGUACCGAUCAGACUUGCUAGAGGCGGCAAUUGAUUCACCGACCCCUGUGGACACGACCGUUGACCUGUUGAGCUGGAAAAUGGGUCGAGCCAAUUUUACCAACGAGCCAGACGGCGCCAGGGUUGCAGAUUUUGACACGGAAGACAGUUCUAGUGAGACAAGUUCGGUAUUUUCAAGCAGCAACUUUGAAGGCAUGGACUUCCUACUGCCCAAAGCUGGCGGAAGCAAUAACGACGGAAAUACGCAAGCUACCGGCGCGCUCGCCAGACUUCAACACGCACCUUUGAUAGAUGCCAGUUUCAUCUCCAGUCAUGGUGGAAGUCUUCUUCCACAAUACGGCCUGCUUGGUUCGCAUAUGGAGGCCAGGGGUGCUGAGUCUAAGCUCCUCCUGAACACCAAUGUCCCAUUCUCGAUGUUCGUAUGCGGAGUCCAAGGAAGUGGGAAGUCCCACACAACAUCCUGCAUCCUCGAGAACUCUUUGAUCCGCUCAAAACAUCUUGGGAAGCUUCAGAAGCCUCUUUCUGCCCUCGUUUUCAAUUUCGCUCAAUUUAGCGGUGACGGCGUCGGGUUCACUGUCAGCGAGGCGGCAUUUCUGGCUUCAACCGAUUCCAGACUGCCUGGAGGAGCGCAUGUGAAGAAAGUGCAAGUGUUGGUCUCGCCCUCCAAUUUUCUGCGCAUCUCAAAACUCUACACUCGACUUCCCAACGUUCUGGUCACGCCGUUUAAAUUGAACCCCCAGGACCUGGAUAUCGACACAAUGCUCACUCUGAUGAACGUUGGCGAAUCAGAGGGAACACCUCUCUACAUGGCGCAAGUGACGCAAAUUCUUCGCGAGAUGUCUACAGCGGGAGGGCCAUUCAACUAUCGAGCGUUCAAGAGGCACCUGAAGGGGAAGGACUUCAAUCCUGCGCAGACCAGCAUGCUACAAAUGCGUUUGGGCCUGCUUGAAUCGUUCCUGGACAUGGACGGAGGUACUGUCGAGCCCCACUUCCAGCCUGGCGAGAUUACAAUCAUGGACAUGUCGUGCCCAUUUGUCAAUGCCAACACGGCGUGUAUCCUUUUCAAGAUCGGGCUCAAGCGGUAUCUGCAGUCCAAAACGAGCGGGAAGAUGAUUGUGUUAGAUGAAGCACACAAGUACAUGCUCAAAGUGCCGGGCGCAAAGGCCCUGACCGAAACUCUCCUCCAGACGGUCCGUCUCCAGCGGCAUUACGGUGCACGCGUCAUCAUUUCAACCCAGGAACCUACACUCUUGACAGACCUCAUCGCCCUCUGCUCGGUCACAGUGAUCCAUCGUUUCUCUAGUCCGGAGUGGUUGUCAGCUAUCAAACGUCAUAUACCCACUGCGGCGGAGGGUCGUGAAGAUCUGAUGUUGAAGAUUGAGGGGUUGAGGACAGGGGAAGCGUUGGUGUAUUCACCGAAUGCUGUGCUUGGACGCGACGAUAGUGGGGACUUGAUCACUGGUACAAGCAGGUUCAUCAAGGUUAGAAUUAGGAGGAGGAUCACGAGCGAUGGAGGGCAAUCUAUGCUAGCAGUCUAA